GGUAAAUAUAUAAACAAGAUAGGUGAUUAUAAACAAUGUUUGUACAUGCAACAUAUUAGAUUAUAUGUUUAUUUUUUACAAUAUUAUUAGAUAUUACACUGUGUUGAUUUUAUAAAUAAAAGGCAUAAAGUGGUAUUAUUAUUUUAUAUUUUCAGAACACUCUCUUGCUCUAUCUCUAUCACUACAGCACUAGGCUUCAGUUCUCAUCACUUCUCAUUUCUUUCAAGGUAAAUAUAGAACAAGCUAUGGCUUAUCAUAAACCAACAUUUAUAUCUCUGACUUUGCUCAUUUAUUUUGCAAUAUUAGAUCUCAUGUGUUUAGUUCCCAUACCACCCAUAUUGUUCUGGCACUUAUUCUGUGCAGUCUUCGGAUUCUUCCUCACAAAUCCCUCCAAUAGCAAACCAAAAGGUCAAAGUAAACUGCCUGAACCGAUAUUACCAUUUUGGGCUUUUUUUAAAUUCAGAACUAAUAAACACCACUCCAGAUCAGUUAGGCCUAUUCCAUUGAGAAAAUGCAUUGUGCGUAUGAACCUUAACAGAAUCAUGAGACUAAACCAGUGGAAAUCAAAGAUCAAAAUUCCUCCCAAACAAGACAAGUCUGAUUCAAUUACCUGCGAUAGUAAACCACGGGUAGGCCUUUUGUUUACAUUAGUAAAGCACACCAAACUAUGGAUUCUGCGCCUAAUCGAUACAUUCAGAGAAAUUAUUUGUUCUCCUAGUGCAGUAUUCUAUCUUGCCCUUGAUGUUUUGAUACUAGGACUUCGCCAAUACAUCAACAGAGACAUUGAUGACACCAAAGAAUUACUGAAAUACAAAUGCUCCUCUUUUGAACACUUUCUCUCGACCAUCCUUAUCUGGAUACUAUUUGUCACUGAGUAUUUUGGAAUGCCACGAGAACUACAAGUCAUAACAAUUUUGAUUUUGUUCUGUGUAAUUCUGUACAGGGCAGUUCUCCAAACGUUUCACACAGAAAUGAUGUGUUUGUUCUUCACAAUUGCAUUAAACUGGGUCUGUCAAAAUGAAUCAUAUGAUACAAUGUCACUCUUUUUUGACACAAUACUCAUAGUAUUUAUCAGUAUUAACACCUUCUACACCCAGAGAAAGAAAAUAUGCCUGUUCUGUAAAAAGUCACCAGGGGCAACAUUUGAAAAUAAAACAUCAACUUGUUCCACCAUCAACUACGACAAGAAUGUUGAAGCUUUUGUUAGAAAGCAUAGUCAGUCAGUGUUAGAUGACAAUCUCGUUGAAUCUGAUCAGGAUAGUAUUGACAUCAACCAGACAAUAAACAGAAACAUAACAAAUACAGGGGGAAGUCGAUGCUGCAUUUUGCACUGUACUAAUGAAGGUAGUCGCACAUUGAAAACGCUGAAUGGCUUGUAUGAAAUUGAUAUUGACCAAAACUUCACAACUGAUGAUGCUGGUUAUGCCUGUUCAAAGUGCGAGUCCUACUUUCUUGAGCUCAUCAAAACCUCUAACAAAUUAGACUCAUUAAUUGAUGAUCUGUCCGUGCCAUUGAAAGAACAAUGUUCAAUAUCCAAGAUGUCACAUUCAAGUGGAGCUGAGAUAAAUGAUAUGCCUUCUCCAGAAAAGGCGCAGCAGACCUCAUUUGAACAGCAAUCAGUUGAUAAACCGUUGUUUGUUACACAAUCAAAUGACCCUAACUCCACCUCCUAUCAAUCUAAAUCAGAGACAGGUAUCUGUGAGAAGUUGCUUAGUCUGCGGAUUGAAUCAGCCACAUCAAGUUUACGCAAAGAUUAUGUAUUAACGGAGCUGUCGGGCAUUUUCUAA